AGGUUUUUCUUUCCAGGAGGAAGUAUAUAUAUAUAUAUAUAUAUACAUAUAUAAGUGUGUGUCCUCCAUCAUCGACGGACUCGCGCAAAGCGGCGAUAGGCCCCGAAAACAAACAAGCAAAAAUUCGUCAGCCCGAACUUCAGCAAUUAAAAAAGGGCUUGUCAUCAACCGUAUCGUCUGCGCUCACUUUCUUCUGAACAGCAAUAAUAGUGCCUAUCUUCACAAAUUACCUAGUUUUGUUUUUAGCGUCUCUCGCGAUGAGUGGAAUACGUGUAGCGGCGUUUAGCAAGUACUUUGCCAUCGGCGGCCUCUGCGCCGUCGUCGUGUGCGCCCGCCAUGGCGCCUACCUGAUCGCUGAGGACUCACACCACUUUCAGCACACCUGCGAGCGGGUGUCGCGCUACGCCGACGAGGCGACCGCGCUAGAGGAGUACAUUGCGUCGAACGGAUUGUCGAUAGCGAAGAUGCAGGCUAGCAUGGAUCUUGUCUGGCCAGCAGCGAAGUAA